AUGCAUAUCUUAUAUAGGCAGACAUGCCUAAGUCUAAGUAACCGGGGUCAAUCGUGCUUGCCGCAGGACAAUCAAGAGCGGGCGCUCCUACCCGGGCAUUUCGCCGUCGUGGUAGCCGCUCUUGACCCCUCGCGUUUGUCUCGCGAGCUGGAAGUCACGCUCUACACGGUGGACUGGGGUAUGCGAGGAGAAAAACCCGCUACCCUGGUCAGAUGGUCCGAGAGCGUGCACUUCCCGCGGCGCUUGGAGGCGGUCAGCGGCCGCGAGGACGGUAGCAUCAUCUACUCGUCCAAGCCGCUGGCCUGCAGCAUCUCCGCCGCGGUGCUCGAGAACGCGGGGAGUCUGCAGACAGCGUAUGCCCGGUUCCCGCUGCUCUGCACUCCCUCGCGGACCUUGCAGCUCCCCGUGGAGGCCGAAGUCCGUGUCGUUGACGACACCUUCAACGCGAAGGGCGACAACGUCACGGACGGACAGGCCUCCAUCGGCUACGCUCUGGCCGAGGCUUUGGGCAUCCUGCACAAAGCGCUCGUUGACCAGCAGCCGGAGACGGGGAGAGUCUGCUAUCCCGUGUGCCAGUUCCGCUGCCUCCUCGCGGACGAAGACAGCAAAUGGCAGCUGCUCCUCCGCAAAUCCACCGCCAAGCUCCGGUAUGUGGCCGGGGUUGACGGUGCGGAGGAGCACCUCGGACUCGACAUUGUCCAGGACAGCGCGGACGGCUUUGCGCCACUGCGCUGGGUUCCGCAGCUGCAUGCUGCCUGCCAGCUGCGGACCAUGCUCUGCGCCUCUCCUGAGGACAGAGAAAAGGCAAGCUCGCUCCUGAAGAACUUCUUGACCGAGGGCAGGAAGGCCUUCAUCGAACAGAAUGCCCGCACCGCCUGGGGGCUACCGCGUCACCGGGCACGACCCCCAACCGUACAGCAGGUGGUGCGGGAUCCGCGGGAGCGAGCAGGUGCGGCGGCUGCUGCGGGACAGGUCGACCCGUUGGCAGCCGACCGCACCUCGCAACACUGCGUCGAUGUGAGGUACGUUGAGGUCCUGGAGGAAGGCGCCGUCGCCACCUCCAUGGAGUGCCUCCUUCAUACCCACAUCGACGCGGAGCCCUGGCGCAUCGACCGAGGUACAAAAUCCAGCUACCUCGCUGGUCGGCGCCGAUACAACGGCGGCUGCACUGCCUACGCCAAACGGCCGCAAGCGCCCAUUUGCGGGCCAAGCGGCACGGGCUUUGCAGUCGCCGAUCCUUGGGGUACUUUGAAGGCCAACCAGUGCCACAUCGUUGUCAAUGGUGAGUGCUGGGUUGGCCAAUUCGCCGUGUGGCGGUUUCCUGUGAUGCAACCGUCAGACAUCCAGGUUUGGGAAGCCUGCCCUCUUCCCGAGCACGCCUGGUUUGUCCCUGACAACGGUUGCAUCUGCACGACAGUCGGCUCCGGCUGUGUUUCACUAGGGGGUGGCGAUUACGAUGGGGACCUUUUGAUGUUCACAUCUAAUCCCAUCCUCCUCGAAUUCCUUUCUUGCACGCCCAGUGGCACGGAAGUGCACCAAUUCAAUGCUGCUCGAGCGCAGGUAGAGGGUCUUGUGGAGAAAUCCAGCCCGACCAAGCUGCGCAGCAUAAUGCAAUAUCGAGAGCAUUGCUUGCAUGUUCCAACGCCGCAAAUCCGAGGGCUCCUCACUGCAUUGGCAGAGAGGGCCCAGCAGCAAGUUUUUGAUGCAUCGGAUCCCGAACGGGACGCGGCCUUAAUUAAUUGCGUCCGCCUGGCUGUCGCUGCCGAGAAGGCUUACGACGCGCCCAAAAAGGUGGACGCCAAAUCCAUAAUUCAAUUGGGGCGCCGGCUGCUGAAAGACGCUGGUUUGACGAUCCAGUCACCACGCUCUACUCAGCAGAUCCGGGAAGCAUUUAAAUUAAAGCGUGUCUAUAAAGAACCGCACAAGGCACUGCACACCCUCCGGCCCCUAAUUCCGCUAGGCAAGGCUUGGCUUCCUUUGAAUAGAGUCACCUUGUCAGGCGCUGCCGGUCACGCCAUCCGUGACCGCAUGUUUCACCCCAAGUGCAUGAAUGGCCUUGCGGAUCCUUUGGAGCAUAUGGCGCUGGACGAAGUCGCCGGUGUCUUGUUCCACCGCUUGGCCAGCGUUCCAAAUCUCCGAUCGUCCGUACAGAACGGAAAUUUGGACGCGUUAAUUCAUGGUGCACAGAACCUUCAUCGGUCCAAGCCGAAAGAAAUUAAUGCGGUGGAAACAAUAGAGACGACUAACCUCUACUGA